UCCAUACCACAUCUCUCUGUAUCGCUAGCAGCACCCGCCCAGGAUAAUCCACAUCAAAAAUCAUGGAGAGCCUAUUACGCUGGGGUAUCGCGAACUCGGACCCGCGGACGGACAACCAGCCCCCGCCGCAGCCGCGCUCAGACCUCGACCCUGCAAUCAUAGACAUGAUAUUAGGGAAGUCGGAUGCGGAGCUUAUGAAGGAAGCUUUGACGAUUGCGGUCGACGAGACCAAGGACGAGGAUGACAGGCUACAAGCCUUGGACAACUUCGAGAUGCUUAUUGAGCAUAUCGACAAUGCAAACAACCUCGAGAAACUGCGAAUGUGGGAGCCCUUGCACGCACUCCUCAUCAACCCCGCGUCCUCUGCGGAGAUCCAGACGCAGGUCCUCUGGGUCCUCGGAACCGCCAUGCAAAACAACCCCGCCGCACAACACUCCUAUCUUGCGCUCUCGCCCCUCCGAACGAUCCUCUCCUUCCUCUCCCCAAGCGUACCCUCCAAACAAACGCGUUCCAAGGCGGCGUAUACGCUCUCCGGCCUUCUCAAGCACAAUGCUGCUGCUGUCGACCAAAUGGAUGACGCCGGCGGCUGGGACGUCCUCCGCGCCGGGCUGCAGGACCCGGAUAUCGGCGUCCGCCGUAAGGUUGCGUUUCUCCUCAACACGCUCCUCACGCCCACUGGCGGUGAAGAUGAGGAAAUUCCAGCAAACGUCCAGCAGCCGCUGCAGGUCCCGACCUCUGCGCAGGGCGUCAGUGUAGCGGCCAUCGCUCCUCCCCCUGCCCCCUCAUCUACGUCCACAUCGCUUGGGCUCUCCGCGCCGGUAUCACAAACCUCAUCCCAAGCCGUGACGCUCCACCCCUCAUCCCCAUCUUCCAGCGCGGUCGCUACCCCCGCGGCGCCGGCCCUCUCCCCGCUCCAGACGGUGCACCCGAACUCACACGCCUCCCUGCUCUCCGAUCCGCGCUCCGCCUCCACGUCCGCAGCGACCGCGCGCGCACUAGAGCGAACUGGGCUCCUCGGCGCGCUUGUGAGUGCGCUCGCGCAGCCUGUCCCACACGGGCCCGACGGCGAGACUGAGGGGGACGCGGACUUUGAGGAGAAAGUCCUCCGCGGGCUGCACACUUAUACUACGGGCGGGAGGCGGACGCUGCCCAAGGAAGAUGCGAGUGCGCUUGCCAGAUAUUUGGACGAGCAGGAGAGCAAGGAGGGUGGGGAGGAGCAGCUCGCGGAGAAGUGGAACUUCACGAAGGAGGAGGUGCAAGAGCUGAAGCAGGCGGCGAAAGCCACGACAUAGCAGCGUCGUACGGCCUUGUCGCCGUAUCCCGCGUUUGGUUUGAGCAGUAGAAGAAGCAAUAAGCAGAACAGUAGCCACGCUUGUAUAACAUAAUCCUCCAGUCCGUUGCGGCAAAGCAGUCGAC